AUGCCUUGGGCGGGGCAGGAGGAAGAGGAGCGUUUACAACUACAGGAAGGCUCCUUUGGGGCGGGUCUCAAAGGAGAAGCCAAUCAUAAGGGCCCACUCGGGGGUAGGCGGGGCCAACAGCCCCGCAGCUGCUUAACGGACUUUACGCGAGCUGUCGGAGGGCCGGGCGGAGGCGGGAGCGCAGUGACGCGAAGCCGAGAGGGCGUGGCCUGGGCGCUUGGCGGAAGUCCCGCCCCCGGAGCCCGGCGGCGGCGCGCGCUGGGGAUGACGGCGAUGCAGCUGCGGCGGACCGAGGGUCGCUGGCCCCCGAGGCGGCGCUGGCUGCUGCUCCUGGGCUUCGGGCUGGGCGGAGUCCUACCGGGGCUGGCGGAGGCCCCGAGCCCCGCCGGGAUGCCUCCGGAGCGAAGCCGGCCGUACGCCGUGCUGCGCGGGCAGAACCUAGUGCUCAUGGGAAGCAUCUUCAGCAUCCUGUUGGUCACUAUGAUACUUAUGGCCAUUUGUGUCUACAAGCCCCUUCGCCGUCGUUAACUGGAGAGCAAGUGAAUUCUGCAGACGCCUUGGGGGAACGUGACAAGCAGUGGUACAUGGGGGCCACUGGAGCAGCUGGGAUCAGAACCAGAGUACUUGAAACCCACAUGUGCUCUGAAGCUAGACAAAAGGACUGUACAGCAAGAGCUUCUGCUUGUAAUCAAAUGAGUUAGAGAAACCAACCACUAACAAGUCUUUUUUUUCCUCACACUGUAUGUAAAUAAUCAGACACUUAGAGAUUUUUGCUUUUGGUGUGAUUAAUAGAAAACAGACCUGAAUCAUCAAGUUUAAGAAACAAGAAAACAAGUUUACUUUUGUUAGUGUCUGUAAGAACAUUAAUGUUUACAGAUGUUAUAAGGAGAAGUCAAACUGACUUCAUUAGGAUUCAUGUUCUGUCAGACAAGAGCAAAUUUUCUUUUAAUGGCUGGGUUCAUGGUUGACCUAGUAAAACUCAGAGGGUAAAACCUUUUUCAGGGCUCUGGUACAACUGUCUGCACUUAACUAUUGCAUCAGCUUCUUCAUUCCCAACUUUUCACUCUAAUAACAUUUCCCCUUAAAAGUAUUAGCAUAAUCAGCCAGGCAUGUCCCAUAUGCCUAGAAGGCACUGGUGUUUAACUGGAAAGGUUAGGUGUGUUUUUGUGUGUGCUUGUCUACAUCUUAAGCAUUGAGACAUAUUUAAUAGCUGUUUGAAAAGGCCAAGAUCUAAAGUCCCACUAGAAAAAAAGGUGCUCAGAUAGGCCCUGUGAUGAUGCUCAGAAAGCAAAUAAGAUACUUCGCACCUGGAAAGUUUUACCUUAAAAAUGGGUGUCAAGCUUGACAUUUAAAUGUAAACUCUAAAGCCAGAGCCUCAUUAUGAACUUCACCCAAACAAAUCUCCUAGGAUUCUUUUAAAGAAAGCUGGCACUCUAGCCAUGGCCAGACCUGGCUUCUCAAGGGCAGCUUUGCUUGUCCACUGUGUAUAGUGGACAUGAGUGUUUACACAAACUAAAUCUUAACUCUUUGUAAAUCGCUGCUAUUAUUUUGCACUGUUAGAGUGAACUGGAAGAUUUUUUUGUUUUGUUUUUUUCAGAUAUGACAUUUAUUCUGUAACUACAAAAGCGCCAUUCGUAUUUAUUUGAGAACUGCUGGAUUUAUUUUGGUUUGUCAGAAUUUUUUACUUUAUAUCCCAUUCAGAUACAUAACACUGGCUUUUUGUAACCAGGGUCUGGCAUAGUGGUUUCUCUGUGUGUGUGUGUGUGUGUGUGCACGCACACAUAUAUUUGUGCAUUAAGCCUUGGUAACAUAGGACUUGAUGUUUUUUUGUUUUGUUAUCCAUAAUAGCAAUUUAUUUGGGUUGCCAAUUUUAUGUUUUCAAGCAAAAUGAGAAUUAAACUGAAAUCCUACAUAACAAUGUA